CUACAUUUUCAAGAACAAUUCUUUCCUUUUAUUUUCUUUCAUUCUCUCUCUAAAAACUUUCUUUCCUCUUUCUAGAGAGAGAGAGUGGCCCAGCAGAUCGAAACCCCUCCUCUUCCAUAGUCGAGUUUGUUUUAAGGAUCGAAGCCUUUUUCUUCAGAGCCGAUUUCUCAGACAGACCCAUUUAAUCGUUUCCGUGUUUCAUUUGGCAAUUAUUAGAAAGAAAGCUUCACUUUUGAUCCUCUCCCCCUCUUGUUUGUUUUUCAUUUCAUUCGAUUUUUCUCUUCGCCCUUUUGCUAAGCGGCGUCGUUUCGUUUUUUUGGGGGCACUCUCUCUGAAUUAUUACACACAUGAUUUCGAGCUGUUGUUCACUUCCAGAAACACACACUUGUGGAUGAUUCAAUACAUCAGGAUGUGGGUCUGAGGAAUGGGAACAAAAAUACAUUGCGAAAGUUAUUUACCGGUGCAUCACUCGAUGAGGGAUCUUAACGAGGAUUCGAGCAGCAGUAGCUGGCCGAUAUGUUACGGCGACAAUCCCGUAAUGAACGGGCAGUAUUACAACGGGUACGCGCCGAGAGCAGCGGUAGAAUUAUGCCCAAGCGACAACAAGGAUGCGUUGAAGCAGAAAAUGCUCGAGCACGAGGCAGUUUUUAAGGAUCAGGUUUACGAGCUUCAUCGUCUUUACCGACGACAAAGGGAUAUCAUGGAAGAAGUGAGGAGAAACGAGUCGAUGGAGCCUUCGUCUUCGUCAAGCCUUCGAGCGCCGUCCGAUGAUGCUCGGAAAAGGCAGAUUACUGGGUUUGCUUUUUCGAAUUCUCACUCUCCCUUGAGCUGUACCAAAGGGAAUGGUCCGCAGCCGUGCCCGCCGAUCCCGUAUCAGAACGGAUCGGCGUCGAAGGAACCCGUGGCGUUGGAUUCGAGGCCGUCGAAAUUGCGGAAGAAACUGUUCGAUCUUCAGCUGCCGCCCGAUGAUUGCAUCGAUCUGGAAGAAGGGGAGAAGUUACCGGAAAUAAAAGUUUCCGAUUUAUCGAGCUACGCAUCUAAUGCGAAUCUGAGAACAGAUCAUCCCGUCCCCGAGCCCGAUUGUCGAAUCGUCGCAUCAUCCUCUGCUUCCCAAGUAAGAAACUCGACCUAUUUGGCAGAUCUGAACGAGCCCGCGACGGUAGAAGACGUGGUAGAGCUUUCGCCUGCAGAUUUCCUCAGCCGCAACAAUUCCAUCAACGGCGUAAAUGGAGGAACUACACAUGUCCGCAAUGGAUUUUUAAUCGACUCUGUUGAAAGUAAGUUGUACGACACAGGGUCCGGCAGAAGUAUUGUCUCUUCAUCGAAUCACCAGCUUCAUCAAGACAAGAUGUCGAUACUGUCUUGUCCCGGACAGGGGGCGUUUACGCUGACUAAUCAUCCUCCGGGGGGUCAAUCGAACGGUCGUUGCAGAGAAGAUUUGUGGAAAAUGGGAAGCCACCAGCCUCUUCCGGUGCAUUCAUCGUAUCCGUUCUUCGGUUCGUCUUUGCCGGGUUCGUGGCCUCAGCCCGCCGCGUCGUGGACGAAUCCGAAUAUCAAUUCUACUCAAAAGAUAGCGGCACCGGAGUCGACUCUUUCGCCGAGCCCGGUACCUUGGCGAGUUGGUUCUAGCAGUACAUUGUAUCAGAAUAAGGGAGGCGAACCGAUUACGGCGAAUGGAUUUUAUGCGGGAUCGAGCUCGGGGUCGAAGGAUCUGAAAACUCGUCUAUCUUCUGGGUUUGAUUACCGGCCUAAUGCAGCAUCGAAUCAUGCCAUUAAUAAUGGGUUCGUGAAUUUAUCGAAGAGCGCUAGUCGCGUCGAUUCGAAGCCGGGUUUAGAUAUCAACUUGAACGAGACUGCGAUGAUUCAGCAAGAUCCCGGUUCGAAAAAUGGGAAAGGUAAGCAGGAAGAGUAUCCGGAAACCUUGCCGUGGCUGAAACAUAAACAAAAAAUCGAAGAUCUUAACGAGCCGAUUGUUCUGGAAGCUGAAGUUUUGGUGAAGAAGGAGACUCAGAAUGUUAUGAAGAUUCUCGGCGUGUCUGUUUUCGAAACGGGUGCGUUAGAACCGAAGAAGCCGUCACCCAAUGCUUUGAUUGCCGACUGUGAUAAAGAUCGGAAGCGGAAACUAAUCGAUAUUAAUUUAGAGUGCGUUCCUGAAUCUGAGGAAGAAGUCGUCGACGAGAGGGAGAAGCGAUCCAAGGUCGGAUCUGUUAGGGAAUACUUUGAUUUGAACUCUUUGGCAAGUGACACUGAAGAUCUUUCAGGACCUUCUUACCAAGCCCAGGCUACUACUAAUGUUAAGACAGUUUUGGAAAUCGAUUUGGAAGCGCCGGCAGUCGUCGACGAGGAUGAGGACAACGACGACAACGACAAAGCGUCGUUCGAAGAAGAUACUGUGUGCAAAGCUCCGUCCAUUCAAGUUGCACCUGAAGAACUAAUCGAUGAAGUUUCCGGAGACGCCGCGAAAACAUUGGCAACCGUUUCGUUGUUUUUUCCGGAAGUAUCUACCGAGCCGGCGGAGUCGCUCAUCUGGUUUGCUGAUGCUCUGUCGAAUGAUUUAUCCGAUCUCUCCGAUGAGAUCGACGAGUUUGAGGCGAUGACUUUACAGCUACAAGAAACUGAGGUAGAAGACUACAUGCCGAAACCCGUCGCUCCCGAGAUUAUUAACAACGAAGAUUCGGGAGUAUCGACGCGGCCCCGAAGGGGUCAGGCGAGGAGAGGAAGGCAGAGGAGGGACUUUCAAAGGGACAUUCUGCCAGGUCUUGCGACGCUGUCGAGGCACGAGGUGACGGAGGAUCUGCAAAUUUUCGGGGGAGUGAUGCGAGCGACGGGGCAUCAAUGGAAUUCCGGGCUGACGAGAAGGAACGGGACGAAAACGAGGGGCGGCCGGGGGAGGCGAAGAGCUGUCGUCGUGUCUGAAACUGUACGCGCCGCCGUUCCAGUCCCGAUGUGCGCGCCGGCGGUGCAGCCGGUGAAUUCGAUCGAAUCGGGUUUGGAGGAUCGGAGCCUGACGGGGUGGGGGAAGAUGCCGCGGCGCCCCCGUCGACAGCGGUGCCCGGCGGCUGGGAAUAACUCUCCGGCGGUGGUGCUGACAUGAAUAAGAAUGGAAGGCUUCUUCAUUUAUCUGCAGAAAAAAAAGAUUCAUAAAAAGACUUCUUUUUUAUCAUCAUCAUCUCAAUCAAUCAGUGACUUUUCUUGAGAGUGAAA